GGAAAGAGAGCUCGCCACGUGUUUGUUUUGACACACGCCAGUGGGUACGAUGUCAAUGUUACAUUUCAACAUCGGGAAGCAUAACGAACAAGACAACGACAAUGGCGGAGAAGAGCCAAAUCCCUGAUAAUAAUAACAGCGCCACGCCUUCGUCGGGGAAGAAACCUGCGGCGGAGGUCGGAUCCGGUUCGAGCUAUCCGGGUCAGAAGAUGCCGUAUCCAAACCGACCCGAGUCGGUGAAUCCGGAUCAGGCGACGCUGAGGGAGCAGUGGAAGUUCGCAAUAAGGCAGUACAGCAAGUGGUACUCACACGCUUGGGGCACUGCUAUUCUCGCCGGCGGCGUCUUCUUCGGACUCGGUUGGAUCAUCAAAGGCUCUAAUCCUCUUCCUUCACUCCAAUCAAGUUCUAAGCAUACUAAACGCGAUGAAGACAAAUGAUUCCGCGUCUGCGUUUGGGGCAUAAGAUGAGAGAUGGUGCAUCAACAAUGUCACAUCUGUAUGUACAUUUCAAGGAUCAUCCGACGUAAGAAGCAGAGAAAGAGCGCACAAAGCAAGCGGUUACGGUUGUAAAGUAGAAACUUUUUUUAAAAAAAAACCUUGAAUAUAAACUUUGUUUGUAUACAAAUUUGCAAGAAAUUAGUGAAAAUGUUAAUGCUUAAUAAA